GUUUACUUUGAUUUAAUAAGGAUUUAAAUUUUUUACUUGAUUUUCUUUCUAUAGUGAAUAGAAUGUCUGAAAAUAUGACAUUUCCUUGGCAUAUUUCUUUAGAAGAUGCCCCAACGUUAAAAAAAGAUAACUUUCCUUCCGAGACAUCAUUGUUAAAACACUAUUGCAAAUUAGAUAUACAUAAAAAUCCUUGUGAAGAAUUACAAACAGGUAUCAUGUGUGACAUCGUUAUCAACAAUCGAGAGCCUAGCAACGUCCAAAGGCUUAUUUCCUCUGGUAUGACUGUAGCUCGUCUCAAUAUGAGAGAUAUGGAACCAAAUGCAUGUACUCAACUAAUUCAGAGCAUCCGACAAGCCGUAUAUAACUAUAGUGCUGAAUUGCAGUAUGUAUAUCCUUUAGCGGUCAUUGUUGAUGUUAGAGGCCCUGAUAUUGUUACCGGUGAUCUAAAAAGUGGUCCACGUACCACAGUGGAACUAUUCCAAAGCAACACUAUGCGUUUGACUACUGAUACUAGCUGGCGCGAAAGCGGUACGGCAGAAUGUCUCUUUGUUGGAUAUGAUCGUCUUACUGAUCUUACAAUAGGAGACAAUAUAUUUAUAGAUAGUUUAACACCAGAUAAAAUUAAAUUAGUGGUCUCCAAAGUGGGCGAUGAUUCUGUGGAAUGCGUAAUUGCAGUAGGAGGAACGAUUGGUGCUAAAAUGACAGUCCGGAUUUCGUCGGUACCCCUUGCCAAUUUUGUAAAUCAAAAUGAGAGUCGUGAAUCACUAGUAUGUGGCGAGUCUAUAGGAGAACAACUUUUCGAACAUAUGGAAGGACAAAUUGCUUGGGCUCUUGCUUCUGAUGUCGAUGCGAUUUUAGUUUCUAACACUCAACAAAGAAACGAUAUAAGACAAGUACGAGAGCUAAUACAGGAUAAAGGCAAACAUUUACUCUUGUUUGCUAGCAUUGAUACAACUUUGGGAUUAGAUAAUAUUGAUGAAAUAAUAGAUGAAGCUGAUGGACUUCUCUUGGAUCGAAGCAUUCUUGCCACAGAUUUGCCAAUAGAAAAAAUAUUUAUUGCACAGAAAGUAAUGCUUGCAAAAUGCAACAAUAUUGGCAAACCAUGUAUUUGCAAAGCUGUUAUAAACGAGCAGAUUCCUACAUUAUGCGUUACUGAUAUAGCAAAUCUCAUACUGGACGGUGCAGAUGUCCUUUCCUUAGAAUUUAAUUAUGAAUCUCCGUUGAAAAAGUUUGCUCCUUGUUUCGACGCACUCCGUAUGGCAGAGCACUGCGUUGCAGCUGCUUCUGUUAUUGGAAGACACGCAGAACGUAUAGUGUGGCAACCACGGACUUAUGGAAAUAUAGAGCUAAUGCAAAGUCCGCUCAAGGACCCAACUCAAGCAAUCUGCGUGACUGCAGUAGAAUUAGCUGAGCGUUCUAAUGCGUCUGUAAUUAUAUGCUUGACAAAUUCUGGACGAACUGCAAAAAUUAUCUCACACGCACGACCAUCCUGCCCUGUAGUAGCGGUCACCCGAAUGUGCCACGCUGCUAGGCAGUUACGUUUCUGGCGAGGUGUUCGCUCGGUACACUACUUCGAAACUCCUAAAGAUAACUGGAUAUCUGAAGUAGACGCUAGACUUCACGCUGGAUUAAACUACUGCAAGGCAAAAUGCAUUUUGCGUGCAGGAGAUGCUUUUGUCGCAGUCACAGGAUCUCGUCGAAGUGUAGGAUACUGCGAUUCUGUUAGACUCUUGUACGCAAGUGCCCGUGAUACUGUAUUCGUAGAGUAAUAUUGUUGUAUAAUUGUUUUACACUGUUUUAUAAAUAUUAUAGUACUUUCCAAUAUCAA